AUGCACACUAAAUCUACUCUAACUGCCCUUUUCGGCACAGUCAGUCUUGCCUCUGCCCACUCGUGGGUUGAGCAGGCUCAAGUUAUCAACAAUGGCGUCUAUGUUGGCGACCUUGGCUUCGCUCGAAGCUGGGGUAUGCCUAUGGACGACCGCAAAUAUCAAAUCCCAGGUGCAGGGGCAAACCGCCCUAAUCUCGCACCAGAGGAUCUGCUGUGUGGUCCAAACGAACGUGCUUCAGUACAGCAAGGGUCCAACAACCCCCGCCUCCAGGCAUCCCCAGGAGACUUCGUCGCGCUCAAGUACCGCGAGAACGGACAUACUACGACGAACUACGAGCCGCUCAAGGUUGGCACGCUUUUCCUGUACGCGACCGAGAACCCCAAGGAAGACCAAAAGCUUAUGGACGCUUUGGACUGGACAAAGGACGGCUCUCUCGACGAAGGCCGACUUCUCAACGAGCAACCGUUCGACGACGGACGGUGCUACGAGCAUAACCCUGGCAGCACCGCCAACGCCCAACGCGCCGGGAAAUUCCCAAACGACAACCAAGGUGCCAGCUGGCUGUGGUGCGAGUCCGACAUCCAAGUCCCCACCGAAACCGCCACCGGUCAGCCCCUGACGGUCUACUGGGUCUGGAAUUUCACCGCGCCGAACGGCGCCGCCGAGUGGUACACCUCGUGCCUGGAUUUUGACAUCGUCGACAAGCCCGAAGUGCAACGCACCGCCAACGCGACUCCGCAGCCCGCGCAGCCGCUCCAGGACACCAACACCAAGGCGCUCGCGAACUACAUCGAACGCGCCGGCGGCACUGAAGCACCGGCGAACACCGCGGCUCCUUCUGCGUCCUCUACUCCUUCUACCCCCUCUACCUCUGCUGCGCCCCCACUGCAAUCCUCCGCCCCCCCCGCCUCCUCCCCGCAGGCCCCAUCCUCCAGCUCCAGCUUCCGCCACUCGAAUUCGCCCGCGAGCUCUCGAGGCCCCACGGGUCCGAUGCGCUACCCAGGCUACACUCUGAUCGGUAGGCCGACCAGCUUUCAGACCUCGUACAGGCCGACAGGUGUCCCUAGCGCUUCCGGCACUGGCAGUGGUGAUGUAGCGGGACCGUUGACCAUCACGGUUACGGAGAUGGAAACGCGACGGAUUGGGGGAGGCGGUUCACUUGCUUCUUUGAUUUUUCUAGUAAUCUGGGUUUCUCAUUAG